AUGAGCGACAACAUGAGCGACAGCAUGAGCGAUACCAUGAAUAUGGAUGACACCAUGGGUCUGAAUGAUACCAUGGAUUUGGAUGACACAGUGGAUGACAGCAUGAGUGACAGCAGCUGGUGCAGUAUGGACCACAGGGACUGGGAGUGUACCCUCUGCGACACCUGUGAUACUCCAAGCCCUGAGAAUCCGCUCCUCUGCCGACAAUGUCAGUCCUGGGAUGAUUUCAUCCACGUCGUCUUUUGCCCGUGCCGCGAACCUGAACUUUUCGAAAAACGCAUGUUCAAGCGCAUGUUCAAGAGCAAGGACGCAACGGAAAGGAUGACGACGUCAUGUAUGGUAUGCUCCUGCAUUUGCAAGAUUGUCAAUGACCGCAAUUUGGGGCUACGGAAUGACCAGGUUGGCAUCUGGAGGCCUUUCCCAACUCGUUGGAUAGAACCUGCCCAUCAGGCAAGGGACGAUCGAGCCGUGGAUGAGCAUGGCGCUCCGGGCCUGACUGAAGCGUGCGUCCUUCCUAUCGUUAUACGCGAAAACUCCACCACGAACUCCACGACGAACUACACACCCAUGCUCUUAGAAAUUGAACUACACUACGAGACCUACGGAAAGAGGCUCCGGCAGAUCAACAGAUGGGAUAGAGACUGUUUCAGUACAGCUGGUCUGAGGUACUGGCUUGCUGCUUGCCGGAACGAUCACGACGGACUUUGCAAACAGCCUAGGAUGACCCUCCACCUUCCUAGCGACUUCCGGCUAAUCGAUGUCCACAAUGCUGCUAUAAUGCGGCCCAAAGGAGAAGUGGAAUAUGCAGCUUUAAGCUAUCAGUGGAGCACUGCAACGACAUGUGAAAAACGCGAUCUGAUGCUGAAGGCGGCCAACUUGGACGAGUUAGAACAGCCGCAAUCCCUCGGACCUAGUGCAGUUCCCGAGGUGAUCGCGGAUUCCAUACAACUUUGCCGGGAAAUUGGUAUCUCGUACCUCUGGGUAGACAGGCUAUGCAUUGUCCAGGAUGACGACAACCUGAAACAAUCUCAAAUCGAGUCCAUGGACAUUAUAUAUCAACUAGCGAACGUCACUUUUGUAGCAUGCUCGGAUAGAGCAGGAGCCGGCCUCCCUGGCACCUCAACUCGACCACGUCAACCUUCUCAACAGGGUAAAGAGUGGACAUUGUGGAACUCCGCACGUGUAUGCACACAUGGAGUUGUGAAUAAAUCUAAAUGGAACACCAGAGGCUGGACUUUUCAGGAACGACUUCUUUCACGUCGAAGCGUCUUUUUCUGCGACAACCAUACCUAUGUCAGGUGUGAGAAGCAAUGCUCGGAAGUGCCCGAGGAACGAUGCGCAAAAUCGCCCGAGUCGCAUCGAUGGGGCUACGCAGACGGUUUUCUCAUAGCGGCGAGGCCGAAUUAUUCGACCCUACAGCCUGGAUACGGACGCAGUAACAUUGGAUUUGGUCUGUCCCAUUACUUCGACCUAGUCUUGAGUUAUCGCGCCCGCGUUCUCGGUGACCGUCAUGAUAUUCUGAAUGCAUUUGCUGGGCUCUCGAAAUUCAUCAGUUUUGACUUAUGCUCGGAGAUGCUGGUUGGCCUUCCUGAGAGGUAUCUAUCUCAAAGUCUACUUUGGACGCACUUAGGAAGUCGAACACACCCUCUUUCUGAACCAAAACUUCCAACAUGGACUUGGGCAGCGUGGCAUGAAGACCGAGCCUACACAGAAACACAUGACUCGACUGGCAGCUUUCUAAUAUGUGGCUUUUCUGGUCCUCGAGAUACUACGGACUUUGGUACUCUUAUCACUACUUUCUACAGUGAUCCACGUGAACCUGGUCGAGCAGGAGUUUGGCCAACAUUGGAAGAGAAGAUAUGGGCUGGUGAAACCAAGAUCGACAACCAAGUCCCUGACAACAUGCAUAAUGAGUUAGAGUGGCUAUACGAGAACCCGGGGGUCGACGAAGUGGAGCUAUGGAGGAAUUGUGUCCACAAUCCAUGGACGGCUCAAGAACAUCAUAACCUUGACGCCAGGACGAGACUUAUAGCAGAGAAACAUCACUGUUUGGCUUUCAACACUACCAUGGCGGUACUGUACGUUCAAUCGGACGAAUCAGAAAGCAGAACGACAGAGGCCUACAUCAGCAUGGGUCUUGCUACGGAUGAUGGGACCCUUGUCGGACAGACCGCUUUGAUGCAUAGAGAUUGGGCGAAGAGCCAAGCCGACAAAGCCUCUUACCACGUGUUCGUCAUCGGAGCAGGCCGCUCUCACAGCAAGUUCUUGCGUUACAGGGAAUUCGCAUAUAAUGAGCCCUGGGGCCUUUUCGUCAUGAUUAGCCCUUGUGAGGGUGACAUAAGCUCUUGCGAAGGGCACCCUUAUUCGCGUUUGGCUAUUGGUGCUGUGAGUCUGAUCGCAUGGACCGCUAUCAAACCACAGUGGAUGCCAGUUAUUCUUGUCUAA